AUGCAUUUUUUUCUGCGAUUUUACAGUGCAGAUACCCUGACGGGUAAGACCAUUACCCUCGACGUCGAGUCGAGCGACACCAUCGACAACGUCAAGGCCAAGAUCCAGGACAAGGAGGGCAUCCCCCCUGACCAGCAGCGCCUGAUCUUCGCCGGCAAGCAGCUUGAGGAUGGCCGCACCCUGAGCGACUACAACAUCCAGAAGGAGUCCACCCUCCACCUCGUCCUCCGUCUCCGUGGUGGUAUCAUCGAGCCCUCGCUCAAGGCUCUCGCCUCCAAGUACAACUGCGAGAAGUCCAUCUGCCGCAAGUGCUACGCCCGUCUUCCUCCUCGUGCCACCAACUGCCGUAAGAAGAAGUGCGGUCACACCAACCAGCUCCGCCCCAAGAAGAAGCUCAAGUAA